UUGAGGAUGAAAGUGGCAGAUAUUAAUAUAUCUGGGCACAAGCUAAUGACCAACCCAACUGAGCCAUAUAAAUUGGAUUUUGAAAACAUCUUCGCUCAAAUCAAUGAGAUUUUUUCACCGGUUACAAAAAAGUUUGAAUUGUUGAAAGACCACAAAGCAUCCCCCAUUGAUAAGAAGAAAGAAAUUAAUGUUCCUAUGGAUAGACAAUCAGAGAUUAAGGAGACAGAAAGAAUCCUGGCCCGGUCAGAGGAGUCCAGGGAAAACAGUACUGAAACUAAAGAAGACCAGAAAGAAAGUGUUGCAAGCUUUGAAAGUGAACGUGAUACAGACAGCAAAAUGUCAAAAUCCAGCCAAGGAGAGACAAAUCCUGAUGUACUUGUGCCGCCAACUAUUUACCAUCAUAUUGUGCAAGGAAAUACAGCCAAGGUUUUUUGGAUGGUUCCAGAGUACGACCUUGUGGAUUCUUUUGACGUGCAAUUGCAAGAGAUGGGUUAUAACAAUGGACCUCCCCCACAAGUAGGUGUAACGUUUUCCGGAAUAGAUGCCUCUUCUUUUGAGACUGAGUUGAAAGCCAAUUCUGAGACUAUCUUCAGAGUCCGUGCAAUUACUGCCUUUGGACAAAGUGAUUGGAGCUAUCCUUACAAGGUUUCCACUAAAAAGUUUUAAGUUGGAAGAGGACCAGUCCUUACUUUACUGAAGCACCCAAGGAUGAUAAACUGGGUAACCAAACGUACUCUUCGAAUCUAUUUGAUGAUCAGAUGGAAUUGGACGAUAAAUAUUACUUGAAAGUACUUUCAUGUGACUUUGGUUUAUAUAUUGUAGCAUUUACAUUUAACAACUUGUAUUGGUUGCAUGCAUGAAAUGUACUUUGAAAGAUCUGAAUCAAACUGUUUGCUACAUUGUAAGAUUACAUUAACUUAAGUUCAUUCAUAUUCAGGUGGAAAAUAUGGCUGAAUGCUGACAGUCUGCAUGUGAAUCGAAAGGUUGAGUUCAAGUCUCACUCCAAAAAUGAAAACUUAAACUAGACUGACACUUCGGAAGUGCCAUCGAUGGUUGGGCUGUUACACAUGUUCCUCUUUGUUCAAAGAGACGGAGGGUUCUGUCUCGCAUCCACGUCAAUACUUGCCCCUCAAA